UCUUUUUAAUCUGGAUUUUCUCUGAAGAUUUGGUGUGGAUUUGGCUCAAUAACAAAAGAUGGCCAGUGAGCAAAGCUAUUGCCAUGGCAUUCGCCCAUUCUUAGUUUUGUCUCUGUUGGCUAACUUCAUGUGGAGUUGUGUUUGUCUGUGACUGUAUCUUUUCUAAAAACCAUGUGCAAAGCAUCACACAUGUUUGCGUUUUUAAAAUCAUGUGCAAGAAUAGGCCACAUCAUACAUACACAUCGUUUGUAAAAAUUAUGUGCAAAGCAUUGCACGUAUUUGUCGUUCUUAAAACAUGUGCGAUGACAGGCUACAUCACACAUACACAUCUUUUGUAAAAUAUGUGUGCACAUCACACACGAUUGCAUUUUUAAAACUGUGUGUUAUAUUACGACAUCACAAACGCUUUUUUUUCCUGAACUAUGUGCAAUGUUACAUCACACACCGAUUUUUUUCUAGCGUGUGUGAUAGGUGGGGCUUAAUUACAUCAUUCUGCACUAGUGGCAUAUGAAAUCUAGUCAUUCAUUUCAUUUGGUAGUUAUAUGUAUUUUGGUUUCAAAUUCUCAUAUUGUUAGUCCAAAUACUAACAUUUCAUACAACCCAAUCUCAUUAAAUAAUCACAAACAAUUUCCACAGCAACACAAAGGUUUCAUCUCUAAUUAAUGUAAUCAAGUAACAUUUUUAACAUCUUAAUAUUUUGUUAAUAAAGAAAAAUAAUAAUUAUUACAUCAAUAUUUUCUUAACACAUAAAUAUUUGUUUGUCACGAGAGAAAUAUUUUUCCCCGAGCGAUGAACAUUUCAGUUUAUUAGAAACGUUUUUGUAAUAUUUUUUUAUUAACUAAAUACAUUUGUAUAGAUGAAUAUUCUUAUUUAUCCACAUUAUACAUAGUUUUAACAUAUUAUGAAGAUCUUUUCAUCCAGAAUAUUAAAAAAAUCCAAAAAAGUGUGAUAGUAUUGAGCUGACCCAUACAUGGACAACCAGAGAGGCUGCACUUUUUAGUCGCAGUCCGCAGUCAAAGCAGUUCUUCAGAGGGUACAAUCAGAAACCGGCCCUCUUUCGAUUCCGUUCUCCGAAUUGCCAUAGGAGGCGGGAUCCAAGCCGAUUUAUAUCGGCCCGGGCGGACAUCGUGGGAGUCCAUCUGUUUUUAGACGAGAUUGGCAACUCCCAGCGUACAUCUGGCGUACACUCAUCCCCGGCGACCGGUUGCCAGACCAUCCGUCUUCGCCCUUGGCAAGUCCUCCAUUGACAUGGUGGAGGACAAUGAAGAUGAUAGGCUCAGCAUUUUGCCUGAUGAUGUUUUGCUCAACAUUGUUGAGCGACUUGAUAUUGCUGACGCCGCAAGAACCACCAUCCUCUCCAGACGUUGGAAGCAGAUCCCUGCAAUGCUGUCAAAAGUUGUUAUAAUGGCUGGUUCUUUUGAGCCCAAGCACACUGCAAGCAAGUUGACUUUAGAUGAUAUAUUUCGGUUCAACACCACCGUGCUGGAAGCAACCAGGAGCAUACUGGAAAGGAGGGCUGGAACUUUAUACACCAUUCACCUGUUGCGCAUGCAAUUCUACUUGGGAGAUGAGUCCAUUUUCAUUGGCCAGGCUGUUGCCAACACCAUAGCAACACAAAAGGUUGCUUCAAUUGAGUUUACAAUCUUGACGAAGGUGCGUAAAAAUUGUACCAAUGAUGACCUACUCACAUAUGGGAGGCAGUUCAUGUCAUUCUUUGAUUCGUGUCCAAACACAUUUGGUUGUCUUGCACGCCUCACGCUAGAGAAUUUGAGGUUAGGAGAAUCAGACUUCCCCAAAAUUUUCAGUAUAUGCAAGCAACCGGAGUUCCUCAUCCUCUACGACUGUGACAUGGGUAUUCAGUCUUCGCUGGAAGUGGAACACCCACAACUAAGUGAACUAGCGAUUGUCUGUGGCUGUUUUAAAAGGGUUCAUCUGAAGUGGGCACCAAAACUCACAAUACUGAAAUUCAAUAUUUUUAGAUCUCAAGAUGACCCCUUCUGUCUUGGCUAUGUCCCACUGCUCCAGACUGUGAGCAUCAUCAAUACUGCUUUCUCCUGGCACAAGAUGCUCAAGUUAAGCGAGUUGCUUGGUAAAACUGCCAUAAGCAACCUACAUUUGAACUUCAAAAGCGAAAAGAUUUGGGUCAAACCGGAAGGUCGAAGACAAUUGUUACCGGUGUUCCACAAACUUAGAAUUGUGAAUUUGCUUAACAUAUCUGCAGAAUGUGAUCUGACUUGGACAAUGUUCUUACUCCAAGGUGCACCCAACCUUAAGGAACUACGCAUCUUGGUGCGGGAUCAUUUAUGUGAAAUGGUAACAGGGGAGUUGAGGAAGAUGUGUCCAUUAGCGAGGAGAAGGACAAGGGACUACAGUGGGAACCAUUUGCAUCCGAUUUAAAGCACCACAACCUUGCUAAGCUCAGUAUCUAUGGGAAUUUUCAAGCAGAAGACAAGUUCGUGAGCUAUGCCAGAAGUGUCAUGGAAGCAGCAGUGAAUUUGGAGGAGAUAAAACUAUAUGAGUCCAGUGUGUCGGAAGUGCAAGCACAUGCUUCAGGAGUGGACACUGGAGGAGAAGUCAUCGCUUAGCUACAAAAUCAACAACGGGAUGCCCUCGCUAGUCCGGAUUCACUUCCCGAGUUUAGGGCAAGUCUUAUAAACAAUAAUGCUCGUGGGCUGCAAGCUGCAGUUGACAGAAACUGUUGUAUGCAUGGAUUGAUUGUUGCUGUUGAACCUUUUCAGUUAUGUGUAUUGUUAAGAUGGUACGAGUCGAGGAGGGUAAGGUGUAUUGUCAAGUAUUUU